AUGUAUCCGACAAUACACCACCAUGCUGACGGCCAUCCAGGAUCUAUCGCCACCACCGGACUUCCAGAACACAUUCCUAAACAGCCUUAUGUCCCUAAUCCUCUACUCUCCCCCCAUGUCGUUGCCGGCAGGGUAUCGGGAAGGUGGUCAACUGGUCUUUGCCACUGCUGUGAUGAUCCUGCAAAUUGUUUCAUCACUUGGUUUUGUCCCUGCAUUACUUUUGGACAGAUUGCUGAGAUAGUGAGUAAAGGUUCAUCGCCUUGUGCAGAAAGUGGGACGAAAUAUGCAUUGCUUCUCGUGACUGGUUUCGCUUGCUUAUACUCAUGUUUCUAUCGAUCAAAAUUGAGGAGCCAAUAUGACUUGGAAGAGUCACCUUGUGUGGAUUGCCUUGUGCAUUUUUGCUGUGAAACAUGUGCACUUUGUCAAGAAUACCGAGAGCUUCAUAGCCGUGGAUUUGAUAUGGGAAUAGGUUGGGAAGCCAACUUGGAUAGGCAACAGCGUGGAGUAACAGUAGCUCCAAUUAUAACUUCUGGAAUGAGAAGAUGA